AUGGCAUGUUCGAAAAUAUUUUCAGGAGAUUUACCUGAAUUAAUAUACGAAAUUGUUCGAUAUUUUCGGAAUGAUUAUAAAAUGUUAUAUUCGUGUAUUUUGGUUAAUAGAUUAUGGUGUCGUUUAACAAUUCCAUUAUUGUGGGAAGAUCCAUUUUCAAUCGCUGUAGAAGAUUGUAAUUAUUAUUACUUAACUGAAAGUUAUGAACUUAAAAAUUAUGAUUUUAUCGGAACUUAUUUAUAUAAUUUAAAUGACGAAGAUAAAACAAAAUUAAAUGAAUAUGGAAUUGAUAAUAGCGUAUUUCCUUUAAAUACAUUAUUUAAUUAUCCUAGUUUUAUUAAAUGUUUAAAUACACAAAAUCUUAGUUUUUCUAUUGAAGAAUGGAUUAAUAUUGUUGGUACCAUAACAAAUGAUGAAAGAUCUCCUAUUUCACCUAAUGAAAAUCCACUUUCAAAUCCAAUUUUUGAUCAAAAUAAUAUUUUUUUAUCAAGAUUUAUUUUAUUAUCAUUAAUUAAAAUAUUUAUUGAAAAUGAAGUUAAUUUAUAUACUUUUGAACUUGAAAUUACAAGUACUUUAAAUUCUGAUAAAGAAUAUUUUAAUUCAAUUUUUAAAUUAAUUUUACAAAAUCCGAAUUUAAUUUGUAAUAUUAAAAAUUUAAAACUUUAUUUUAAUGAAACAAUUACAAAUGUAGCAUUUUUAAAAUGUUUAUAUUAUAAUUGUAAUUCAAUUUCUUCACUUUAUUUUCGAUUUAAUGAUAAUAAUAAUAAUAUUAAUAAUGAAUCUAUUACUGAAAGUUUAUCAAAAAUUAUUAAUUCACAACAAAAUAUCAAAAAAAUUUUAUUUGAAGAUAAUGAUUAUCCUUUAAUUAUUUUAAAAAAUUCUAAUUGUUCAAAUACUUUAAAAACUAUUAUAUUUUAUAAUAUAAAUUUUAAAAAUGUUUUUAUUAUAAAAGAAGUAUUUGAACAAUUAAACGUUUUAGAAUCUGUUCAUAUUAUUCAUUGCCUUUCUUUAAAUACCAAUAUUAUUAAACAAAUUAUUAGUAUUAAUGGACCUUUUAAAUUAAAAUCCUUAUUUUUGAAUGAAAAUGUUGUAUUAAAUAUAGAUUCUAUGAAAUUAUUAUUACAAAAAUCUGGUAAUUAUUUAAAAAAUAUUGGAUUUGAAUUAUUAAUAAGUAAUGAAUUAAAAGAACAAUUACUUAGAUUAAUUAUAGAAUAUUGUGCGUAUAUUAAAUUUUUUAAAUUACAUGGGUACGAUAAUCAAAACAUUUAUUCAACUUUUGGUUUAAUUGAAAAUCUUGGACAAAAUCUUAAUUAUCUUUCUAUUAAUUUUUGUAAAUUUCUUAUUUACGAUUAUGAUUACUUAAAUGAUGAUAGUGAACUUAGUUCAAUAGUAUUAACAAAUUUAGGUCAAGUACUUCCUUUUAAUUUAGAAUAUUUGAAUUUAUCUCUCAAGAUUAAUCCAAAUGAUUUAGUAACAUUUUUUAAAAAUUCUCGUAAUACUUUUAUUAAGAAAUUAUUGAUUAGAAAUAAAAUGUUAGAUGAUAGUGAAGAUAUUUUACCAAUUAUAAAGGAACAUUUAAUGAAAGAAAAAAGGAUUAAUUAUUUAGCUAUUGAAGAAGUUUUUCUUGAUAAAAGGGAAGAAUUGUUUUCUUUAAAAGAUGAAGUUAAAGAAUUUGAAUUAUAUAAUAUUAAAGUUCUAUGCUAUGAUGAUUUAGAUAUACAAGUUUAUGAAUUUGUAAAAGAAAUGGAUUAA